AUGGGCGUUCCAGAGCUCGUCAACAGCCUCAACAGAGUGGUGGCUACUUCGCCUGUCGGCUACUACUUCCGACUCGAUGGAUCCGGUCACCCCCUCUCGCGACCUGGCUCGCGUUUUCUCACUGAGAUCCGCGCCGGUCUCGUCACCUUCGCUGCUAUGGCCUACAUUCUUUCGGUCAACGCUAGCAUUCUCUCCUCGUCCGGUGGUCCCUGCGAGUGCGCCAACACCCCGCAAGACCCUGUUUGCGCCAACGAUGCUGCCUACCAGCAGUGCACGGCUGUGCUCAACCGCGACUAUGUUUUCUCCACCGCUAUCGCUGCUUGCGUCGGUACUUUUCUGAUGGCCGUCUUCGCCAACAUGCCCCUCGGUCUCGCUCCUGGUCUCGGUGUCAACGCCUACUUCGCCUUCACUAUCGUCGGAACUGCCGGUACCGGUAUCAUCCCUUACAGCCAGGCUCUCUCUGCGGUCUGGCUUGAGGGCUGGAUCUUCUUCCUUCUCUCGCUCUUCGGGAUCCGACAGUGGUUGGCACGUCUUUUGCCCCACAGUAUCAAGCUCAGCACUGGUGCCGGUAUCGGUAUCUUCCUUGCCUUCAUCGGUCUCGGUCCCAACGGUCUCGGUGUCAUCGGUGGCAACGCCUCCGACCUCAUCGGUCUUGCUGGUUGCCCUGCCCAAUACGAGGACCCCGUAACUGGUUUCUGUCUGAGCCACAAGCUUCAAGCUCCCACUGUCUGGCUCGGUGUCAUGCUCGGCGGUAUCUUCACCGCCCUCAUGCUCCUCUACCGUGUCAAGGGUGCCUUCCUCAUUGGUAUUUUGCUCGUUUCGAUUGUUUCGUGGCCACGCAACACUUCCGUCACCCUCUUCCCCCACACUCCUCAGGGCGACGACGCUUUCAACUACUUCAAGCAGGUCGCCAACUGGAACGGUCUUGGCUUGCUCGGUCCCAAGAACAUCGACUGGACUGGCUACAGCAACGGCAAGGUCUGGUACGCGCUCAUCUCGUUCCUCUACAUCGACUUGCUCGACACCACCGGUACUUUGUACGCCAUGGCCAGUCACGCUGGUCUCAUGGACGCCCGUACUGGUGACUUCGAGGGCUCUUCCGCUGCCUACCUUUCGGACGCCGUUGCCAUCUCCAUUGGCUCUCUCGUCGGUUGCUCGCCCAACACUGCCUUCGUCGAGUCUGCUUCUGGUAUCGCUGAGGGUGGCCGAACCGGUAUUACUGGUGUCGUUGUUUCUUUCAUGUUCUUCCUCUCGCUCUUCUUCGCACCCAUUUUCGCUUCAUUCCCCUCCUGGGCUACUGGUUCGACUUUGGUCAUUGUCGGUUCCAUGAUGGCUUCCAACACCGCCCAGGUCAACUGGUCGUACGUCGGUGACGCCAUUCCCGCAUUUGUCACCAUCGUUGGUAUCCCCCUCUUCUACAACAUCGCCUACGGUCUUAUCGCCGGUAUCUGCUGCUACAUCGCCCUCAACGCUAUCCCUUGGUCCAUCAUGCAGGCCACUCGCGGACGUGUCGUUCCCGAUGGUUGGGACACCAUGAAGGAGCCUUGGGGCGCCCGCAUGGUUUCAGCCAACGAUGACAGCACUGGUAUCUGGGCCAUCUUGCCACCUUGGAUGAGGAAGUUGAUGAGCGGCAACUACAAGUUCUGGCAGAUGACCGAUGACGAGAUCGAGUUCUACCUAGAGGGUAGGAGGGAGACGCAGCGUUUGGCCCAGGAGAGGCAGGAGCAAUUGGAGAACGAGCGCAACGCUAUGUACGGUGCUGAGGACGAUGUUGAGGCAAGAGCCUCAACCAGCUCGGCUGAGGGCCAUGAUGAGAAGCACUCGACUGGCAGCCCAACUUUCUCGCCUGUCGAGGUGCCAACUAGGUUGCCUCACGAGACCAACACUCAAGACGAGGUUCGUCACGUCACCGGUACUGCCCGCUAA